AGAGUCGCCAGCCCCCUUUCCAGCCGCCGGGGCGGGCGCGGCCUGCCGAGAAAUGACGACAGCCGCCGGCAUGCUGCCGCCGAUGAUUCUGCCGCGCGCGACGCAGCCAGCGGAGCCCGAGGAUGAGCCGGCGGGCCCUUCGGCGCCGCAGCGCGCUGCACGUGCUCCCGCGCAGGGCAAGCGCAAGGGGUGGGUGCCGAGGUCGCAGGCUGACUUUUGCGACGGCGGCGCGUACCCGGAGAUCCACGUCGCUCAGUUCCCGCUGGAGAUGGGGCGCAAGGGCAAGGCGCAGUCGCAGGUGCUCGCUCUCACGACCGACGCGUCGGGCCGCGUUGGCCACGCCGCUGGCAUCGCGUCGGUGGGGCAGCGCGACGGUAAGGUCGUCCACGCGACGCGAGACUCGCUCGCGCCCAAGAAUCUGGGCGAUGAGGAGCUGGCGCGGCCGAGCGAGGACGCCGCCGCGGAGAACACCGAGCGCACGCGAUUGGCACUCGAGGCUCUCGCUGGCGCCAAGGUGGCCAACGCACACGGCUCUCUGGAGAAGGCGAUGAGCGACAAGAAGCCGGCGCAAUACAUCAAGUACACGCCGUCCAACAGCGGCGGCGCGCAGGCGGGCGGCGCGACCAAUCGCGUGAUCCGCAUGGUCGAGGCGCCUGUCGAUCCGAUGGAGCCGCCAAAGUUCAAGCACAAGCGCGUCCCGCGCGGACCGCCGUCGCCCCCCGUGCCGGUGAUGCACUCGCCGCCACGCAAGAUCACGGCCAAGGACCAGGCGGACUGGAAGAUCCCCCCGUGCAUCUCGAACUGGAAGAACAUCAAGGGCUACACUAUCCCGCUCGACAAGCGGCUCGCCGCCGACGGCCGCAACCUGCAGGAGGUCCAGAUCUCGGACAACUUUGCGAAGCUCUCAGAGGCGCUGUACAUCGCCGAGCGGUCGGCGCGCGAGGAGGUGGAGAAGCGCGCCGACAUCCAGAAGCGGCUUGCGGCCAAGGACAAGGAGCGCAAGGAGGACGAGCUGCGCAACCUCGCCAUGCGCGCGCGCGAGGAGCGCUCCGCCGCCCCGCCGCCGCCGCCGCUGCCGGCCGGCGACGCGUCUGGCGACGAGGAGGAGGGGGACGUGCGCGAGCGCGACGAGCUGAGGCAGGAGCGGAAGCGCGAGCGCGAGCGCGAGCGGCGGCUGGAGAACAAGGACGGGAAGCGGUCCAAGAUGACGCGCGACGCGGAGCGCGACGUCUCCGAGAGAAUCGCACUCGGGCAGGCGCGCCGCCGCCAGGCGGCUGUGCUCAAGGCGGCGCGCUUCAAGGGGGCGGACCGCGGCUUCGAGGGGGCGCGCGAGCAGGCGGCGGGCGGCGGGCCUUCGGGCCCGCGCGAGUUUGUGCAGGAGGACGACGAGGCGGACCCGUUUGGGCUGGACGAGCUGCUGAGCGAGGCCAAGCAGGGCCGCGGGACGCUCGACCGGAUAGGCGAGGGCUCCGGCAUGGGCGCGGCCGCGGGGGGGGGCAUGGGCGACUCUGGGCGCUCGCGCAUCAACUUCGAGUCGGGCAGCGGGCGGAGCUAGCGACGCCCGUCCGCGCGGUCGCGUCAGCGCUUUGCGGCGCCUCUGAUGCUGCGGCGCGCCGGCACUCUGCCCACUCUGCCUUCGGAAGGGAUUGUCUGCCCGCUGAGUACACCCUGGUUUUUUCACUCGCGGCGGGAGUGUGUGCAUCACUCAUUCCACUACGCACCGUCGUCAUCUGUCGUCUGCAUGUGAGUGGUUGAGAGACCGACGGAGCCGCUGAUUGGCGCUAGCGUGUGU